UCUCUAUUCAGAGUUUCAACGUAUCACUAUAUACCGAAAGUACUAAGAAAGCCAAAGAAGAAGCUACUGCUAUGAACGGGUCGUGUAAGGUGGAGCUGGGCUAUCCUACGGAGAGUUCACGACAAUCAUCGGGAUCAAUAUCCACUCUAGAUGCCACCCUGUAUAUAGUGGUCGGGUUCGGUGGACUCUCCAUCAUCGUAGCAUUGAUCCACAAUGCCAUCCACCGUUACGUCUUCAAGGACCAGCACCGACUGGACACGGUGUUUGACGCGGGAGGACGGGUCACCACGAGCCUCACCGCUGUCACGGUCGCCUCCCAGGUUCUCUGGCCGAUGGACCUCGUGCAGACAUCCGUCAUCGCAACUAUUUCUGGGGCUGGUACUAUCUACUACUACGUAAUCGGCCUAGCAAUGAUAAUAGCAGUGUUCCCGUGCCUGACGUUAAGUUUCAAGACUAAAGCUCCUGGAGCCAAAACAUACCCCCAGGCAAUUUAUGCACGCUUUGGGAAAUCUGCUCACAUUGUCUACUGCUGUAUAGCUAUAGCCACCAACAUCAUCACUUUGACCGCCAUGAUAAUGACCGGAUAUUACGUACUAGAGGGUGUAGUUCCAGGAAUUUCAAAAGAGUUGUCGGUCAUAAUUCUGAUCUCCUUGUUUGGUUCCUAUUGUUACAUAGGCGGACUGGGGGCAGCUUUCUACAUCUCUUACUUCAACACUUGCCUUAUGUUUAUCGGACUUACUGUAUAUAUGUGGCAAUUUCUUUUCCCAGCAGAAGAUCUUCCAGACAAAAUCAAAAACUUAACUGACAUCAAUAUAUUACAUGAAUCUGUGACAUGUGUGCAGGGACCCUCAACAAACGCUGCUAGUUCCCUUCUGACAUUUCGGACAGUCUCUGGUGUGAUUUAUGGUGUCGUGGCAUUCUUCAUGGUCCUUGCUUUAAACUGUUGUGACCAGGCAAUGUGGCAGAGUAGAAUAGCGGCCAAACCGGAACAGGGUGUCAUCGGGUUCUUCAUAGCCUCGUUUUUAUAUUUCUCCAUCCCAAAUGCUUUGGCCCUACCAACCUUUCUUUCAUACCUAUCAAUGAGUUACCAAAAUGGUUCAUAUCUUUUAACGGAAUUAGAUAUGAAUAACGGGUUUAUCACGACAAUGGUAAUGGAUAAAGUUCUUGGAGCAUCCGGGUCCUAUCUCCUUCUGAUGAUCGUUUUUAUGGCGCUGAUGGCCACCGGAUCAGGAGAAAUCAUGGCCAUAUCUUCCAUCCUUGUUUACGAUAUUUACAAAACUUACAUUGGUCCCUUUAGAGAAAAUCUGGAACCCUCAAUAUGUCCUCUAUGUGGACACAAGAAAAAUCCAGAAGAAGACGACAACAUUAUCACCUGCAAAUGCAUUCACUCGUCGGAAUGUUCUAAAUGUGCAGAUGACAUAGAGUUGUCCUUAACAGGUCAAUUAAGCCAUCAGAUUCAGUACAUGUGUCCUACUCAUGGCAAAUAUCGACAUUACGAGGACAUGUUGAAACAGUACAAAAGUCGGAGCAUUAUGUGGAUCGCCCUAGCUCUACUUCCAUACGGUAUCAUUCUAUGUUACCUAAAUCUCAACUUGACAUGGGUUUUCUUUGUCUUCGAGACGCUGUUAACUCCGUUUAUCACUCCUCUUGUUUUGGCGUUCACGUGGGCAAAAUGUACAUCUAAAGGUUUGAUAUCGGGUGCAAUCUUCGGACUGCUGGCUUCUAUUGUUGGUCUGCUUGUUGUGGCGGAAUUGGCUUAUGACGAAGGACUGGGAGACUUUUUCACGACAACUUCCUCUGACUACAGUCUCCUGGCGGCUUGUAUUGCAGGAAUUAUGGUUAGCACCAUCGUUACCGUUACAGUGUCCCUAGCAACACAUAACAUACAAAGUAAUGUUGAUGAGCAAAGAGAAUGGACAAAGAUGAUCCUGAUCGACAAUCCCAUCAACUCUUGGAAGAACCUGUUCACAGAAGAGCUCGGGGAACUUCCAGAGGAAAGAAACGUCACUGUCGGCCAAAUGGAGUUAAUUUUCCAAAAAGCUCGCAAAAUGGCGUAUAUCUGCGCUGCCGUCUGCGCAUUGAUUCAGAUUGUCUUGGUUCCAGGAGUAAUUCUUUCAUUCGAAGAAUGGACAGUGGACCAACUGUAUAAUUGGAUGUUGUUCCUGUUUGUCGCUCUCGUCAUUGGUACGUUGUAUGCUGUCUUUGCACCUCCCAUCGAAGAAAUCAUCAAAAUUAUCCGUUACAGACAAAAUGAAAAGAAGAAGAGUCCAUACGAUCUUGCUCAAAAGACGCACAAUAAUGACAAUAUAUGUUCACAUCUGUGAUGCGUGGCUUCUGAAUACUUCAUUCUCUACAUUCCAGAUUUGUUUCUUUGCAUUAUAUUUUUUAUUUCAAAUGAUUGACUACGAUCUCUAAAUCCUUUUGUUUCUUACGAUGAAUGUUUCACGUUAUUAUGCGUAACACUUAUGAAGAUUGUAUAGGAGGUUUUAACAAAUGGGCAACGUGUUUUAAUUUUUUAAUAUGCUGUUUAGGUCACCGAGUUAAUCAGGUUACCUUUUGCCAUUGGUCUUUAUCCGUCGUUGUGGUUCGUGUGUCGUCCAUUAAAUAUUCUACAUUUUAACAUCGUUUUGAAAACCACAAGACCAAUUGUGGCCAUUUUUAGUUUGAAGUAUCUCUAGAAUAAGAGGAAUACUAUUUUUCAAAAUUAUUUUCUACUCUCAUACAGAGUCAAAAAAUGAACAACUGCAUGGUGAUGGUGUCCCUUAAGCCUUCGUCUAAAAACGUGACAUUCAUAACCCCUGUAUCAGGGGUUCAGGCUCUUAGGUGGGCAAAAAAGCCUUGUAGUAAAAAUGUAUUAAGUUUUUAAAAGAAUCAUUCUUCCAACUAUUUCAACUCAUGUUGAAAAAUAAAUUAAAAGCAUGGAUAUAAUAUAAACAAAGUCUUUUACCAACAUUGAGAAAUUCAUGGUUCCUGUGUAUUCAUGUCUUUGGCGGGGAAAAUUAAAUAUAAUAAGAAUGAAUUAAAUCUUAGAGAAUUCUUCUCCUCCCCUCCCAUUUAAAUUUAAGAAAAAAAAUGCAUGGGGCCCCUUUUUAAAAAACUCAUUAUUCCUCAGUCAGGGGUUCAGGCCCUAGCGUGGUACUAAUAUGGCAAUAUAGUAAAAUUUUAUCUGAUAUUACAAAAUCUUUUGUUAUGAUGUUCAUGAAACCAUCUAAAAGAUCUUUUCACAGUGGUGGGAUAUAUGCUUUAUCUAUAAACUAGACAUUGACCUGUGCGUGCACGGGUUGGCAUUGCAUAUUAUGUCGGGCAUUUACGAAAUAAAUACAUCAAAAUUGCACACCAUGUUAACAUUCAGAACUCUCGGAAUUUUUCAUAUUGUACGCACUGAGUUAGAGUUAUCUUCCAUAUUUUCUUUCAUGAAUAGGAUAUAUAGCAAAUUUUUAAUGAAAAUUUACACCUUUUUGUAUUAUCGUUUUUAAGUUUAUCCAUGCAAAUGUGACAUUAUGGAAACAUAAACUAAAGAGCAUCCCGUGAUUUAGGGUGAAUGUAAUGCGCAUGCGCAAGAUUGUAAAAUCCGAAAAAUUUAGACGAUUUCCGGAUUUUUUAAAGGAAUUUUCGUUGAUUAUUAAUUAGAGAAGCCUGAUUGAGAAAAAAUAAAAACAAAUUGGUAAUUUCCAAGUACCAAUGAUGAGAACAACAUAAAAAACAAAAGACUAUACUUCCGAUUUCUCGGUAUUAAAGCCCAAAAAUUUGAGUGUACGAGGGUCAAUCAAAAAAUACGAAAAAGACUUUUGUCAUAGCUAUGUUACUUAACGUCAUAUCAUUACUAAAUUUGGUAAACAUAAUUUAGCAAUAGUUUCAAACAAUUUGCAAGAAAAAAAGUUAAUAAAAUCCUUUUAUUUCUAAGAAUGAUUUAGAAUCUAA